AUGGGGUCUUUUCCUCCUGGGCAUGUUCUUCCAGGGACACUGUUCCUUCUGGUUUGUGCAUGGCACAUAUGGAGCUCUGCGGUCCGGUAUGUAUCAAACCCCAAAACUUUUCGCCUUAGGGUUUGGAACCCUGCUCCAGGUUUUUAUGGGAGGCUCAAGUACUUGGAGUUUUCCUUUAUAGCAAUUGGACGUUUUGUUGACAGGAUUAGUCCACCGCCCGAGGGCCACGGUGCUUCCGGGCUGAACCAUGGGCCAUCAUCGGCCUUUUGA